ACUUACUCUUUUCAGGUUUAGAGCAAGCAAGAGCACUUUUUCAGGUCCAGAGAGAGAGCCCUUCCAAACCUCUCUAACUGUGAGGAAGGAUCUUAUAUAAACCCUAACUUCUUAACAGGUCACUCUCUCCUGGGGAAAACUGAAACUUCAUUUUCCUAUGCAAACCGUGAAAACCCUAAUUUGGAGCUCUUUUCACCCUCUAAAACCUAGAAUCAACCGUUUGCCCCUAGAAUCCGCCGUCGCAGAUGCCUGCAACUUCAUUUAGGCCGCAAUUAAUGACCCAAACGAGCUCUCAAAUGAGGAAAAAGACUGGAGGCGUGGUUCCUCGAAGGAAAACGAUCCCUUUUGGUAAUCCCUCUGUUCCGUGUAAUGAAUGCUUAUAUAGGUUUUUCAAACCCUAAAAACGCUCUCAUUUGGUGAAAUUAGGGCAAAACAACGAUUGGUGACUGGUGUUGGGACUUGACGCCAUGAAGAAAGCUCGGUUUUUGUGAGGUUUUGAUCUCAAAACGAUCGACUAUGGUUGUAGUAACGAGAAGCCCUACAAAAUCAGGGUUUCGGUGAAAUUAGAGCAAGAGAAUGAUUGAUGAUAGGGAUUGGGAUGCAGAUGUCUGCAAUGGCUCCUCAGGGGCCUGCAAACCCUACUACCUCUUCAUCUUCAAUGAGGUCUUCUCCCACUCCUUUGCAGGCCCAGCUUCCUUCUGGUUUGCCUGCUUCGUCUCUCUCUCUAGGCCUUCUCUCCCUACCCCCUCCUUUACAGAGGAACCCAGAACACAUGAUAAGCCCUGAGCCUCUCUCUUCUGCUCACCCUUUGCAUGAGUCUUCUCCUAUCUCGACGUUUUUGCCGAGGAUCAAGUUCUCUGAUAUUGCCCCAUAUGAUGGUGCCCCUUCCGGACUCUAUAACAAGGCGGUUGAGACUUUGUCAGGAUCUUUAACGAGGCAUAAUGCAGCGGUUAUUGAAUUGGGAAGUGAGGAUUCUGCGCUGUUGAGGUGCGCAAUGGAAUCAGCGAAGCUUUAUUUCAGGACUCGUACAACAGCUGGUGGUGUGUGGUCAAAGUCGAACCGAGGGAUCUACAUGUAUCGAGCUGGGAGGGCUCUAGAAGAGGGGGAUUCAUCUCCACCUUGUAUGGGGGAGGUUUUUAGAUGUUUGGGGAAAGCGUCUCGUGCAGCCUUGUGUGCUAUUGCAAGACAUCUUCGUCUGCGCAGCGAUGUUUUUAACCAAUUGCUGGAUGAUACACCUUUACCUCCCAAUGAGGCAUCUUCCUCAGUACUGGUUGCAACUUAUUCUCAUGCUUCUGUACAGAAUGGGAAGGUGGCUGUUGGUGGAGGAAAGCCUGGAAUGAACUAUGAAGUGGAGAAAGGAUUGCUGACCUUGAUUGCUUCAGACUGUCCAGGACUUCAGGUUUGUGACCCAAAUGGCCGUUGGUAUGUAGCAGAUGGUGGAUCAGGGCCUGGGGAUAUUUUAUUGCUCACAGGCAGGGCUCUCAGCCAUGCCACUGCUGGCCUCCGGCAUGCUGCUUCUUAUAGGACAGCUCCUGACUACACAUCAGGCGCCAUGACUGGUGGCAGGACUUCUUUGGCAUUUAGACUCAUGCCCCAAGGCAAUGCAAUAUUGGACUGUUCCCCAAUAACAGCAGCUGGUCAUGUUAUCCCACAGAACUUUGUGCCCAUCACUGUAAGCCAGUUUAUGGAUGAUCUAUCUGCUGAAGAUGAUGCAAUGUGCAACAACCGUGCAGAAAAUACUUACGAACCUCGGAAUAACAUAACUCCAGAGCCAACAUUGAGGAGUGUUCUCUGGGAUCCCCUAUCUGGUGCGUUCCUUGAAGAUGCCAUGGUGGUCUCCUGUGGGCAUUCAUUUGGUGGUCUCAUGCUGAGGAAGGUCCUUGAAAUGUCAAGAUGCAAUAUUUGUGGUGCAGAGAUUGAUGGUUCCACUCUGAUUCCAAAUCAUGCUUUGAGAGCUGCUGCUGCUGCUGUAAAACAUGAGGAUGAUAGAAGGCUAUUCCACAAUGCAACACUUCGAAAGCGCCGAAAAGAAGCUGGGGAACAUACAGAUGCAAUCAAGAGGCUUAACAAGGAAAAUGGGGAUAUGGGUGCUGAUGGAGAUGGUCCUCGACACCUAAAGGGAGUCCAGUAUCCAUUUGCAGUAAAUGAGAAAGUUCUUAUCAAGGGGAACAGGAGGACUCCUGAUAAAUUCGUGGGAAGGGAAGCAGUGAUCACAUCUCAAUGUCUCAACGGCUGGUACCUGUUGAAAAUUCUUGACACGGGGGAUAGCGUGCGCUUGCAAUACCGUUCUCUUCACAAGUUGCAGAGCUCUCAAGGAGAAGACAGGAUUCAGUCGCAGCCACUCAUCCAAAACAACCCAAGCUGACACCUAAGUUCGUCUUCCUUCCGGAUUGACAUUGUUGCCAUAGCCAUGCUUCAAUUUUAAGGUUAUAGAUCCACUGUUUUUUGUUUUUCUUUCUAAUUUAUGUUUUCACUUUCUUGUAUGUGAAAUUAGUCAGAGAUGGGAAUGUGCAAUAGACUUGCCUUGCUAUCAUUGUAAAUUGGUAGAAAAGGAAAAAUCUGUACCAAAAACUGAGAGCUGAAGUUAACAAGAGUUCGACAAGCAGGUGCAACACAGUUGUUGAAUAAUUCUCGCUCAA